UUGGUGGAUGACCGAUGUGUGGUAGAACCAGCUGCAGGGGACCUGGACUAUCCCCCCAAGAAGUUCAGAGGUCAGAUGAGUAUUAAAUUAUUUAUUUAGGCCUACAACGUAAAGUGUGUGCAGGUGCUUGUGUGUGUGUGUGUGUGUCUUUGUCGGAGUGUCAUGUAUGUGUGUGCAUGCAUGUAUACUUCCCUGUGUGUUUGUGAGUGAUUGCCCAUGCAAUGCAUGUUAUUGUGUGUCUGCUUCUGCCUCUGUGUGUCAAUGACUGUGACAUAUGGGGAAUGUACUGUUCUCUGCCCACUCUGCCUGAUAUUGGCACCAGAGAGAACAGACUCCAAGUCAGAGAGCAGCCAAACACCCAGAACAUUUUCCGCUGGCUGGCCUCUGAAGGGGGCCGAAACCCACACUUCACAUUCAGAGCAUUUCUGAUCAAAGGUUAAUUGAUGUCCUACUCUUGGAUCUUAGUUUAAACAGAAAAGUUGACAAUCUACAUAAAUGUAUGUUGACCCAAAAGUCUCAGCAACAGUGUCAUAGUCUAAUUACACUCUAAUUGUUUCCCAUGUAAUGAUUUUAUAUGAAUAGUAUUCUGUCAGUUGUUUGCAUGAUUUCCCUAUAUAAAGAUUUAUCCUGCCACACAUUGACUUGAUCAAAGAAGCAAUUUCAAUAUUUGCCGAGGGGUGAGUGACAUAGACAUUUUAAAGAUGUUUGUAGUUUUGGUGGCGCUAGAAGCUUCCUGCCAGGCCUGUGUGGCAGAUAACAACUAAUGUACUCACAAGGUACACUGACAGCCAGCUGAUAAAGUCCUUCAUCUCCAGUAUUAGGCUCCUUUAAAAACAGGAUAUCCCUCUGAGGAUAGGAAGUUAAUAUUGACCAGACGCCCAGAUCCACUCUCCCCUGUGGUGGGUGUGGAGCAAAUUACUAACCGCUUUUUAACAAGGACAUUUUUCUUUUUAUGUGGAAGCGAUAUAUACUUGCUCAGACAGUGACCCAGCACUGCAGCCAUCUUGGUAUAGUAAUCAAUCUGCGAUAAGUGCAACACUAGCUCUCCCCCCCAUAAUACAGGUAUUUAAGUUCGGAACCAAAACAUCUAUUACACUGAAUACUCACCAGUCCCCUGAAUAGCAAUCUUGACCCUUUACCACACUCUUUUGUCUCAGACUGCCUCUUCAAAGUGUGUCCCAUGAACCGCUACUCUGCACAGAAACAGUUCUGGAAAGCCAAGCAGGCCAAGCACGAGAAGGACAAGAUCGCUGAUGUUGUGCUACUUCAGAAACUACAGGUAAAAGAUACUACCAAGGAUCAUACCACUAGGUUAGAUGCAGUACACUGGACUGACACUGAUGCAACCUUUUCCUUGUUCUCCACAGCAUGCUUCUAACCUGGAGCAGAAACAGAAUGAGACAGAAAACAAGAAAGUCCACGGAGAUGUAGUAAAAUAUGGCACUGUCAUUCAGGUAAGGUCUGAGUUCCCAGCAGCACUGUUUAGGUAAGCAGACCCUCAGGUGUUCAACAGCUUACGCUUCUUACUACUCUGGUGAAUGGAAUUACUGUAAAUCUGUUGUGAUGUCAUGGGAUUAGGGCGCUAUCAAUGAAUAGCUGGUCUUGUACCUGAGGGGAUGCUUGAGCACACCUGCACAUUCUUAGUGUGAAGAGUCUGCAGAGCACCAAACAGAAUGGGUCUGGGAAGGGAUUGAGGUUUGAGCACACCUGCACAGUAUCGGUCAGGGAUGGGUCCCAGAACACCUGUGUUUUAAUCACUUGCAGUAAGUAUGCAGCAUCACUCACUUAAUGGGAGUUAUUGACUUCCGAGUUACAGGGAUUGGUGUGAUAGUCAGUCAGGUGAUUCACAAUCCAAUCUUCCUGAUCAUGACUGCUAAUAGCUGGUUCAUAACGGCAUGUUUCUGCAUGUCAUCCCUGUAUGGAAACCUAGACAGUCAGUGUGUCAGGUUGUCAUUACCAUAGCCAGGUGAAGUCAGAUUUUCCUCUAGGUGUGUUCAUAUUCUAAAGAGAUUCUAAGUGUUGAGAGAUAAGACUGCAAAGGUUUCCCAGUGAUCCCUGCCGCUGGGCAUUCCACAUGAAAUGCCUUUUUUACUACCAUGUCGUAAACAACAUAAUGCAAGAGUGUGUCAAAUCAUAUGUAGCAAAGCCUAAAUUACUGCAUAUAUAGUACUAGUCUGUAUCAAACCAAGAACAAUAAUAUUUGUCUGAACUUGAAUGAUAACAUAUUUAAGAGUUUUGUUAAUUUCAUAGAUAGGCAACAGUUGAUAGUCAUCAUCAGACAUCUCUAACCCCUGUUUUCAUCACAGAAGGCGCAAUGAAGAAAAUUCGAUUUAACGAUUCACAGGAAAAUGUACAGAACCGUGUUCAAUAUGGCAUGAGAAAUGGAGGUAUUGACUGAGGUCUAGGGGCCAGGAUUCCCACUCACUGGACCUGUACCUGGUCAAUAUUGACUCUGAAGCCUUAUCUUAACACAAACAGAAAGGGCUGUGCACUUACAGAACCAUGGGACAUAAAGUUAAGGGUUAAUGUUAAGAGCCCUCCCUUUUCCGGGCAGACAUUAUAGGUGUGGUUCCUUGUGACUCACCUGUGUAGUGUAGAGUUCCUCCUGAUUCAGACAGGCUGAGUUGGGAGAGGGAGGGGAAGGGUUGUAGACAAAGUGGGUGUCUCUCUCUCUCUCUCUCAGGAGAUCAAUAACUGUAAUCUGUUAAUGGCUGUGCAUGUGCACACAGCACACCAAUGACAAGCAUACAAUACAGUACAACUAACCUAGUGAGUCACUUUAUCUUCCAGGAAGUAAGUCCUACUGUAUAGCUUCCUCAGGUCUCCCCCAGUCCUUUAUUCUCCUUAAUAUCCUCUUAGCAUAAGCUUUAGUGAAGAAAGAUGUGCUAUUUUCCAUUCAUUCUCUCUCUUUGAAAUGAGAAAAAUGUCUGUAGAACAUAAUCAUCUCUGAAUGAUAACAGCAGGGGGAUCCUCUCUGUUGAUGCAUGGUUUUAGUACUAUUCAUCUUGGUCUUCCAGCCAUGCUUUCUUAAGUGGUUCCCUUCCUGGCUGGCUCGUUCCCAUUGUUGAAUGGGAUAGUGAGCUAUUCUAGCUACCACCAUAACAGCACAGACACAAUAUGAAAGUGAGCGAGUGCAGGUUUAACAGUGGCCUGUUUUUCUGUGUGUGUGAUGUGCCCUGGCUGGCAGCUCCUGCAUAUGAAGAGUAAUAAAUACCUGACUGUGAAUAAGCGUCUGCCUGCCCUGCUGGAGAAGAAUGCCAUGCGGGUCACCCUGGACGGGACGGGGAAUGAGGGCUCCUGGAUGUUCAUCCAACCCUUCUGGAAGCUAAGGGCCAACGGAGACAAUGUAACUCACCUAACUCAUAUUACAGCACAUACUCAACUGACAUUAAUGCACAGUUGCAUUCAAUCACAUACACACAUUCACUAACGCAUGCGAACUCACAAAUCUCAGACAAUCUAUUGUUAAAGGGGCAAUCUGCAGUUGCUACAUCCAUUUUUGGACUAAUGAAUUAAUGAUAUGUACCCAUUGAUUCUUGAAGAAUAUAGCUUAUAAAUGCCUCAUAAGCUUAGUUCAACUGUCAUAUCCUAUCAGAACCCAUAAUAUAAGCUUAUAUCAACUCCAAGGUUUGUAAACAAAGUAAAUAUAAACAAACACUAUAUAGCCUCAAAACAUGGUUAAAACUAUACGUUUGAUAACAUGGAUGGCCAAUCCUUGCAUCCAUAGCUCUGUCUAUGGAUUUGAGAGUGGUUACAUUUCUCCAACCCCAUCCCUCAGCUUUUUACCGAAACGGGUGGGGAGACGGCAUUAUUGUUUCAACUGCUUAUUUCCGCUUUAAUUCUUGUGCUUCUUGUGGAAUUGUUGUUGUGCUUAUUUCUAUGUUCUUCUGCAGGUAGUGGUAGGAGAUAAAGUGAUCCUGAACCCAGUGAAUGCAGGCCAGCCUCUACAUGCCAGUAACUAUGAGCUCUCCGACCACGCUGGAUGCAAAGAGGUAAGAGAAUCAUAACCACACUGUCUGAUUAAUCAAUGACAAAAUCUGUCUGGAAGAGUGAGGCUUCUGACUGUGUCACUUCCCAAUUGCAAAGAACCAACGGUUGUUACUGCCAGUAAUGAUAAAAAGCUUUACUGUUAAUCUCAUAAACCCCACCUAUUUCUACAAUUGAUCUUCUUAAAAUUUGAUUUUAACCCUAACCGUAACCAAACUUCUAACCUUAUGCCUAACCCUAACCUUAAACCUCAUGCAUUUUGACGAUAUGGCGAAUUUUGACUUAGCAGCUUGCCCAUCUAGUGGGAAGAGGUGUGCUGUGCUGAAGCUGAUGUAUUUGUGUCCCUCUGUAGGUUAACUCUGUGAACUGCAAUACUAGCUGGAAAAUCAACCUGUUCAUGAUGUUCAGUGACCACAAGGAUGAAGUCUUGAAAGGAGUAAGUCUCCUUUAACAUUGAUGUGUAUAAUACUGUAUCUGUCACUAUUUAUAUCAUUGUGAUUGAUUCUUCAUCACUUUCACACCCUAACCCUAUCACAUAAUAGCAUUAUAACCUCAAGCUUUAGAUGGUUUGAUAUCUCUUUGCUGGUGUGUCUGGUCAGGGGGAUGUAGUGCGGUUGUUCCAUGCGGAGCAGGAGAAGUUCCUGACCUGUGAUGAGUACAAGGUCAAGCUGCAUGUGUUCCUCCGAACCACCCUGCGCCAGUCUGCUACCUCUGCCACCAGCUCCAAUGCCCUGUGGGAAGUGGAGGUUGGUACACACACGCACAGACACACACACACACACACACAAGCACGCAAACCUACACACGCACGCACACACACAUUAUUGGCUUUAUCCUAGUAUAGUUUCAAUAUGCUCUGUUGUACAGGAGCUAAAUGGCCUAAGGUAUGAUGAUUGAGGUUUGUUUCGAUGAUGUGAUGUGUUCCAAGGUGGUGCAUCAUGAUCCAUGUCGAGGAGGGGCUGGACAUUGGAACAGUCUGUAUCGCUUUAAACACCUUGCCACAGGGAACUAUCUUGCAGCUGAGGUAACAUUAUAAAGUAUUGGACCAUGGAUAUUGGUCACCACGGUGCUCUGGUUAUUACACGGUCUGCAUUGAUGCAGAGUCAUUUUAGAGCACAUGUGUUGUUGUGGUUGCUUUAGGAAAAUCCGGGUUAUAAAGGUGACAGCGUUGAAAUCCAGACUUCGGUGAGUGAAGAUACGGUACGCAUACUUUUUUUUGACCUCCCAGUACUUCUGUCUAGUUAGUCUAACUCAUGUCAGUGUAAUGCUGUCAUUCUGAUGACAGUCAAUGUGCUAAACCCUAACCCUUGACCCCUGCCCUCUGUAGCUGGACAGUAGAGGAAAACUAAAGAUUUUGGGUGAGAGGAUAAAGUACAAGCUGGUGGCUGUGCCUCAUGGGAAUGACAUUGCCUCCUUGUUUGAGCUAGACCCCACCACUCUGCAGAAAACAGACUCCUUUGUGCCAAGGUACUGUACUGUAGCAUUUCAACUCACUAUCAGCCUCAACCCAUCUGCACAGACUGUACAAUACCGUAUAUACAACUGAAUAUAGCUAUUUAUAAAGCAGUAAAGACUUGACCUACAGUAUGUUUCACUGGCUCUCUAUUGUAAACUUUCUUCCUCUCAGGAAUUCAUAUGUGCGUCUCAGACACCUAUGCACCAACACAUGGAUCCAGAGUACCAACGUGCCCAUAGAUAUCGAUGAGGAGAGACCAAUCCGGCUCAUGGUAAGAACCAUGUCACUUGAUUUACUGUGACACUGAGAUCAGUCAGACUCAGUAUAUCUGUUAUAUCCUUUUUUCAGCUGGGCACCUGCCCUACCAAGGAGGAUAAGGAGGCCUUUGCCAUCGUGUCAGUGCCAGUGAUGGAGAUCCGGGACCUGGACUUUGCCAAUGAUGCCAGUUUCAUGUUGAGCACCAUAGUGGACAGGUUCAAUGAGGGCUUUAUCAGUCCCAAUGACAGAAGGUAAAGUAUCUGCAAAAAAGGCCCCAAAUGAAUCUAUGAAAUCAAACUACUACUAAAAAGCCAAACUUUUCCCCUGUGAGCUCUAUGUUAUACUUGAUUAAAGCCAGCUGUUUUACAGCUGAGACUAUAAUCCAGUCAAUGGCGUAGUUCCCUGGCCAGACCCAAUGGGCCAGACCCAAUGGGCCAGACCAGUAACAGCUGUGUCCGACCGUGUCCUGUGUUUGACCCUGCAGGUUUGCCAUUAAGCUGCUGGAGGACCUGGUGUUCUUCGUGGUGGACACGCCCAACAGUGGCCAGGUUGUGCUGGAUGUGGCGAUGACCAAGGCCAACCGCGAGAGACAGAAACUCAUGAGGGAGCAAAACAUCCUCAAACAGGUCAGAAGAUCCACUUUAAACAAGCCUCCCUAAACAUCUGGGUUGCAUUAGACCAAGGAUGAGCAACUUUGAUGGGGAAUGGGGCCCAAAAUAAUUCUACUCAUUUUGCCAUGGGGCGGAGAUAAAAAUGUGCUGUUUUACAGCAAAUUUCCUGCAAUUCUAUACAUUUUGCCAUAGGGUGAAGGCAAAUGCAGUUUUUGAUAUGAUAACUGAUGAUUAAUGGGCCCCACCCCGGUCAGUAAUUCGACCUUGCUUACUACAAGUUUAGAUAGCUGGCCACUAGACUAACGUAUCAAUAAAUAAAUAAAUAGCUGGCAUGGGCUAAUUGAGUGACUGCUGAUGCACAGACAAUUUUCAAAAUUGCGCCUUGUGUAUUCUAUUAUUCUAACUCUCAACAGUAAGUUGAGACCCCGACUGAGUCCCCCCCCCCCACGGGCCGCCAGCAUUAGACUGAUGAUGACAUAUAGGUUUAUCAUUUCUUGUCAUUAUAUCCAUGUUGUCACAUGUUCCCUUGAAUAGUUCUCUAUUAUUUUGUCCCUCCAAAGAUCUUUGGGAUCCUGAAGGCCCCUUUCAAAGAUAAAGGGACAGAGGGCCCAUUGCUGCGAUUGGAGGAGCUGUCAGACCAGAAGAAUUCCCCCUACCAGUACAUGUUCCGUCUCUGUUACCGGGUGCUGCGACACUCACAGGAAGACUACCGCAAGAACCAGGUACACCACAUUGUCUCGCAUACUUUUUUCCUUCCAUAUUCCUGUUCCCCUGUCCAUUAUCCAAACUGAACUAUUGAUUCCUGGGCCUUCUUUACUGCCACGACACAUUAGUCUCACUCUUUUGCCCCAUCAGGAGCACAUAGCCAAGCAGUUCGGGGUGAUGCAGUCUCAGAUUGGCUAUGACAUCCUGGCUGAGGACACCAUCACUGCUCUGCUGCACAACAACCGCAAGCUGCUGGAGAAGCACAUCACCAAGACGGAGGUGGAGACCUUCGUUAGCCUGGUCCGCAAGAACAGGGAACCCAGGUGAGGAGAGAGACCGCCUGACUAUAUAAUAUCUAUGUACAUUCGAAACUGUUGUGGUGUAACUCAAACAUUGGCCUGUAUCUCCUCAGGUUUCUGGACUACCUGUCAGAUCUGUGUGUGUCCAACAACAUGGCCAUUCCUGUCACUCAGGAGCUGAUCUGUAAGUGUGUGCUGGAUCCCAGGAACCAAGACAUCCUCAUAAAGACUGAGUGAGUGGUACUUCCCUUUUACUAAACACGUGCACACACACUUACCUAAACAUACAUAUUACUAUACAUGCAAUGGCCUCUGUAUGUGUGUAUGCAUGAUGUAAUGUGUGUGCCUAUGUUUGUCCAUGUAGACGGCGUGUGCCCAAAGAGAUUCCCAGUGCCACUGAAUACAUGGGCAUGGAGGAGUAUGCUGACGAUGAUGAGGUGUGGCUGGUCUGGACUGACAAGACCAAUGAGAAGCAAGAGAAGGGCAUCAGACAGCUAGCCCAGGAGGCCAGACAGGGGAACGCUCAUGACGAGAACGUGCUCACGUACUACAGGUGUAUACUCAUCAAUGACGUAACAUCAGUAUCCUUAUCAUUUCCUAGAUAUGGGAAUGUACUGUAACUAAAGGUCCCAUGCACAAGUUAUCUUUUAAAAAGUAAAUUCUACUGAUCUGAAAUGUUUAAACCAUGAUGACCUACUUUGAUGACAUUUUGUCUAUGCUUCAUUCACUAACCUUCCCCUUUUAUUAUGGUAGGUACCAGCUGAAGCUGUAUGCACGGAUGUGUCUGGACCGCCAGUACCUGGCCAUAGAUGAGAUCUCCAAGCAGCUGGAUGUGGAGCUCAUCUUCCUGUGCAUGAUGGACGAGACACUACCCUUUGACCUGCGCGCCUCUUUCUGCAGACUGAUGCUGCAUGCGCACGUCGACCGAGACCCCCAGGAGCUGGUCACGCCCGUCAAGUUCGCCCGUCUCUGGACAGAGAUCCCCACUUCCAUCACAAUUAAAGAGUAUGACUUCAAACAGUUUUCCCAGAUUUUGUUUUGCGCAUAAUGUCAUUUUAUUGUAACAAUGAGAUCUAACUGGUUGUGGUUGUAUUUCUAUAUUUCUAUAUCUCUUCCCUUUCUCAGUUAUGACUCCAACAUGGAUGACUCGCGGGACAAUAAGAAGAACAAGUUUGCCAACACCAUGGUGUUCAUGGAGGAGUACCUCAACAACGUUCUCAAUGAUGACUUGCCUUUCGCUGACGAGGAAAAGAACAAACUGACCUAUGAGGUAUCAAUUCUGUCUUUUCUCAUUCCUAUUUCUACUUACAGUACUGUGAAUACCUCAAGAACGCUGCUGCCUAUAUUUGGUAAUGAGACGAGAACUCUCUGGCUCUCUACCACUUGGCCGGAGAAGCCCUGAUAGAAUGAUAACUGAUAGAUUGUUUUGUCCCCUCAGGUAGUGAGCUUGGCCAGACACCUCAUCUACUUUGGCUUCUACAGUUUCUUUGAGCUGCUAAGGUUGACACGGACCCUUCUGGGAAUCAUCGACUGCAUCCCCAACCCUUCACUCAUCAACCCCAUGUUCCAGGACGAUGGCAGUGGUAAGAUAAUGAGAAACACCUCUACUCUGCAUUUAACAUUAUUAUGAGAGAACUACCACACAGCACCAUUUUAUAAAACAAACCAGCACAACAGACGUUCAGAUUCAGGUUUCUCAUGGUUUUCACCAUUGUAGCAAUGAUGCCACUCCCACUCUGUCUGUUAGGGAAGAACAUGAAGCGUUCCAUCCAUGGUGUUGGCCAGAUUAUGUCCACCAUGGUACUGAGCAGGAAACAGUCCAUGUUUGGAGGUCCAGGCCGGAGUGCUUCCAACAUAGAGGGCCAGAACCGCAGCAAGGACAGCAUCGACAAACAGGACGUCACUGUCAUGGACACCAAGCUGAAAAUACUGGAAAUUCUGCAGGUUAGAGCUUACUAGAACCCAGUACAUCUCAUGAAAUGAGGCAGAGAUGUGACAUAGCACUGUUGAGUUUAUCCUUGUGAAAUAUUAGAGCCAUUCAUGUUCUUUAUCUCUUGUUGAUAUGCAGUUUAUCCUGAAUGUCCGCUUGGACUAUCGGCUCUCCUUCCUGCUUUCUGUCUUCAAGAAGGAGUUUGUUGAUGUUUAUCCCAUGGCAGAUGCCGAUGCUACAACAUCAAUGGAGCAAACAGGUAGUGCAGUGCCCAUUUAAGGGACCCAUUGCUCUCCACUAACCAUGCCUUAUACAGUAUUCAUCUCUCAAUCUAAAUACAUAACAUUCUUAACUCUCUUUCCACAGCCACCAUCAACCUGCAGCACAUAGGAGAGCAGGCAGAGGCCAUGUUUGGUGUGGGGUAGGUUCAGUACAGGGUUGUAGUCCCUCACCAGCACAUGUUAUGGUGUUUCCCCAUGUGUUAUGAUAACCUGUGACUGUGUCCUCCUGUCAGGAAGGGGAACAGUAUUCUGGAGGUGGAUGAUGAGGGAGGUCGUAUGUUCCUGAGGGUGCUGAUCCAUCUCACCAUGCAUGACUACCCUCCUCUGGUCUCUGGAGCUCUACAGCUGCUCUUCAAACACUUCAACCAGAGACAGGAGGUGUUGCACACAUUCAAACAGGUAAGGAGACACAACUAUCUGCAAUCACUGAUGGCAAACAAAGGCACGGCCAAUAAUGACCUGCACUCCAACUUGGUACAGUAUCUGCUAUUCCCUUUCUUAUACAGUAUCUAUAUAUAUUAUUUAUAUCUUUGUUUUCUGGUCUCUCUCAUUCACCGUCUCUCUGAAAUACUCUCUCUGUCUUCAUGUUGGCUUCAGGUCCAGUUGCUGAUCUCGGGCCAGGAUGUUGAUAACUACAAGCUGAUAAAGAGCGACCUUGACCAUCUCCGCACCACGGUGGAGAAGUCUGAGCUCUGGGUGGACAAGAAGAGCAGCUCUGGAGGAGGGGAGGGGAAGAAAGACAAGAAGGACAAAAAAGAGAAUGUAGAGGUGAGGGUGAGAUACGCCUUCUCCAUCGAUGAUAAGAAAGUGUGUAAUAACGUGUAGUAGCUACAAACUACUUCUUACUAACAGUACUUCUGAUUUCCUUUUAGAUGGCCUCAGAGGAUGCGACCCCCAAGAAAGAGAAGUCUGAAAAGAGCAAUGAGAACUACCAGAAAGUCAAAGAUGUGUGUUAGCAUGUCCCAUAGGCACUGUUUUUGUGUGUAUAUAUAUAUAUAUAUAUACACAGGUGCAGCUCAAUAAAUUAGAAUAUUGUGGAAAAGUUAAGUAACUUCAAUAAUUCAAUUGACAAAAUGAAACUCAUAUAUAUCGUGGAUUAAUUACACAAAAAGUGAAAUAGUUCAAGCCUGUAUUUGUUUUAAUCUUGAUGAUUACGGCUUACAGCUCAUGAAAACCCCAAAUUAAGUAUCUCAGAAAAUUAGAAUAUUGUGAAAAAGUUCAAUAUUGUAGACUCAAGGUGUCACACUCUAAUCAGCUAACUAACUCAAAACACCUGCAAAGGUUUCCUGAGCCUUUAAAUGGUCUCUCAGUCCAGUUCAGUAGGCUUCACAAUCAUGGGGAAGACUGCUGACUUGACAGUUGUGCAGAAGACAGUCAUCAACACCCUCCACAAGGAGGGAAAACCUCAAAAGAUCAUUGCUAAAGAAGCUGGCUGUUCACAGAGUGCUGUAUCCAAGCAUAUUCAUGGAAAGUCGAGUGGAAGGAAGAAGUGUUGUAGGAAAAGGUGCACAAGCAACAGGGAUAACCGGAGCCUUGAGAGGAUUGUCAAGCAAAGGCCAUUCAAAAAUGUGGGGGAGCUUCACAAGGAGUGGACUGAGGCAGGAGUCAGUGCAUCAAGAGCCACCACGCACAGACGUAUCCAGGGAAUGGGCUACAACUGUCGCAUUCCUCGUGUCAAGCCACACCUGAACCAGAGGCAACGUCAGAAGCGUCUUACCUGGGCUAAGGAGAAAAAUAACUGGUCUGUCGCUCAGUGGUCCAAAGUCCUCUUUUCAGAUUAAAGUAAAUGUUGCAUUUCAUUUGGCAAUCAAGGUCCCAGAGUCUGGAGGAAGAGUGGAGAGGCACAGAAUCCAAGUUGCUUGAAGUCCAGUGUGAAGUUUCCACAGUCAGUGAUGAUUUGGGGAGCCAUGCCAUCUUCUGGUGUUGGUCCACUGUGUUUCAUCAAGUCCAAAGUCAACUCAGCCGUCUACCAGGAAAUGUUAGAGCACUUCAUGCUUCCUUCUGCUGACAAGCUUUAUGGAGAUGCUGAUUUCAUUUUCCAGCAGGACUUGGCACCUGCCCACACUGCCAAAGGUACCAAUACCUGGUUCAGUGACCAUUGGAUUACUGUGCUUGAUUGGCCAGAAAACUCGCCUGAUCUGAACCCCAUAGAGAAUUUAUGGGGUAUUGUCAAGAGGAAGAUGAGAGACACGAGGCCCAACAAUGCAGACGAGCUGAAGGUCGCUAUCGAAGCAACCUGGGCUUCCAUAACACCUCAGCAGUGCCACAGGCUGAUCGACUCCAUGCCAUGCCGCAUAGAUGCAGUGAUUCAUGCAAAAGGAGCCCCAACCAAGUACUGACUGCAUGUACAAGAACAUACUUUUCAGAAGGCUGACAUGUCUGUAUUAAAGUUCCUUUUUUCACUGGUCUUAUGUCAUAUUCUAAUUUUCUAAAAUACUGAAUUUGGGGUUUUCAUGAGCUGUAAGCCAUAAUCAUCAAGAUUAAAACAAAUACAGGCUUGAACUAUUUCACUUUUUGUGUAAUUAAUCCACGAUAUAUAUGAGUUUCACUUUGUCAAUUGAAUUAUUGAAAUUACUUAACUUUUCCACAAUAUUCUAAUUUAUUGAGCUGCACCUGUAUAUAGUAUUUUAUUCCGGAUCCCCAUUAGCUGCUGCUCCAAUCACAAUUACAUACAAUAAAACGAUACAUAACACAACACAUUAUUAGGCACUACUCUACCAUAACAUAUCUACAAUACAAAAUCAAUAAUACAGCACUGUUGAGUAGUGUUUGGCCAUAUUUCUGAAGACAUUCUCUUUACCCCAGAUCUUGGAGCGUCUGAAUAAGAUGUGCAGCUCGGGUGUGUGGAAGAAACAGCAGAGACUCCUGAAGAACAUGGGAGCCCACAAAGUGAUGCUGGACCUGCUGCAGGUGUCGUACGAUCAGGUGAGGGAUGUACGGGAACUGUGCCAUACACACAUAGUUUGGGCGGCAGGUAGCUUAGUGGUUAAGAGCGUUGUGCCAGUAACCGAAAGGUCGCUGGUUGUAAUCCCCGAGCCGACUAGGUGAAAAAUCUGUCGAUGUGCCCUUGAGCAAGGCACUUAACCCUAAUUGCUCCUGUAAGUCGCUCUGGAUAAGAGCGUCUGCUAAAAUGACUAAAAUGUUUUUUUUUAAUAGUCCAAUACUAACAUACUGUAUCUACUAACACACCCCGGAGUUGUCAUUUCAAGUCACUCAAAAUAACAUUACCUCGCUGUCUCGCUCACGCACUUUCCUGGUUCUCAGCAUGACACCAAGAUGCAGGGGAUCAUCAAGAGCACUCACCUGUUCCUGCAGAAGUUCUGCAUGGGGAACCUGGAGAACCAGAUGCUCCUUCAUAAGAACCUCAGCCUCUUUCUCAACCCAGGAGUGAGUGAAUUCACACACAGCUUUUAUUGCCUUGUUUUCUACUUCCUGUUUUCAGUCAAAAAGAAGAAGGCCGGGCCCGCCGCCAAAAGACAAGAAGCGCCCCACAAGAAAGCCCUCAAGAAGAACACGCCGAGAGAAGCAAGCUCGAGGAGAGAGAGCUCUCGCUCUCUAGGGAGAGAGAGGAGAGAUAGGUCUCUCUCUCUCUCUCUCUCUCCGUACCUCUGCUCUCUCUCUCUCUCUCUCGAACCCACACCCCUGCCAUCACGCUGACUUUCUCUUUCCUCCCUUUCUCUCUCUCUCUCUCUCCCCCCCACCCCAGCUCAUGGAGGCAGAGACAGUGCAGCACAUCUUUAGCAAUAACUACCAGCUGUGUACAGAGAUCAGUGAGAACGUGCUGCAGCAUUUCAUCCACUGCCUGGCCACUCACGGACGCCACGUACAGUACCUCAACUUCCUGCACACCAUCAUCAAGGCCGAGGGCAAGUACGUGAAGAAGUGCCAGGACAUGAUCAUGACUGAGGUAAGACAACCUCCCACGCAACCUGCUUUUAACUCUGCCAUUUUCAUUGGUAUGGAGUCCUCUAAAAGUUGUAAAUAAUGCUGCAGUUUUUAAAUGUUUAUAAACAUCUCAGUGGAACAUCUAGUCUGUCUUACAAUCAAAGGUUUGUGUGAAACCCUGAUGAGUAAUUGAAAAUAACAGAUGAACCACCUCCAGCCACUCACAAGCCACAUUAAUCAUAUCAGCAAUUAUGUAAUUGUUUAUCCCAUACGGUGUGCUUGCUUUCCCCUCUAGUUAACCAAUGCUGGGGAGGAUGUGGUGGUGUUUUAUAAUGACAAGGCGUCAUUUUCCACCAUGCUGGAGCUGAUGGCAGAGUCCAGGGAGGGGGUUCAGGAGAACAGCCCCCUGCGCUACCACAUCUCUCUGGUGGAGCUGCUAUCUGCCUGCGCUGAGGGCAAGAACGUCUACACAGAGAUCAAAUGUACCUCACUGCUGCCCCUAGAGGAUGUGGUGAGAGUGGUCACACAUGAGGACUGCAUCACAGAGGUAUGUCUGAAAUGGAACAAGUAUACAAUUAGUUAGUAGCCUACAUUGUCCUCAGUUAGAAAACACACAGCAGCAUGCAAUGAUAUGCAGACAUACAACUGCAAAGGUAAUGAAAACUUUAUAAUUACAGAAUGUACAGAGGCCUGAGACAGCUAUGUGUGUGUGUUUAUGUGUCCCUUGUGGUCCUCAGGUGAAGGUUGCCUAUGUGAACUUUGUGAACCACUGCUACGUAGAUACAGAGGUAGAGAUGAAGGAGAUUUACACCAGCAAUCACAUCUGGAAACUGUUUGAGGACUUCACUGUGGACAUGGCCAGGGUAAGUCUCACUCCCCAAUCAGUGGGACCACUCUCACCCACAAGUCUCAUCAUCUCUAACCGCUCUCUCUUCCAUCUUUAGGUGUGUAACAAGAGAGAGAAGCGUCUGACUGACCCUAUCCUGGAGAAGUACAUCAUCAACGUGGUGUUUGAUACCAUCAAUGCCUUCUUCAGCUCCCCUUUCUCUGAAAACAGCACCUCUCUACAGGUCAGUCAGCUCAGUGAUGCUGCUGCCUACUCCGAGGCUUUGUCAUGAUAUAAAGUGUACUGUAAUGCACUGUUUAGUAGAGUGUGUAUUUUGUUUGUAUUGUGUCUGACAGUAUUUGUGUAGUCAUUUAAUGUGUCAUGAAUUCUCAUUGUGUGAUUCUCCUUCCUCUGUGCCUGUAACCAGACCCACCACACCAUAGUGACACAGCUGCUCCAGUCUAGCAUGCGUCUGCUGGACUGUCCCUGGCUGCAGCAGCAACACAGAGGCCUGGUGGAGACCUGCAUCCGCACCCUGGCCAUGACAGGUGAGACAGGCCUACUGUAGGGCCCAGUGGUGGGCUACAUUUAGGGCCACACAGGGCAAACACAGGGUCAAACUAGGGUCACAUUCUUUUGUAAAUAUGACUUUUAAAUUUUUCUACAUGGUUUGAGUGCGAGUACCUUUUGAACUCAAUGAUGACUUUCCCCAAUCUUGUGUGUUUGCAGCAAAGUGUCGCUCCAUCUCCCUGCCUCUGGACCUGGAGUCUCAGAUCACCACCAUGCUGAGCAGCAGUGCUCCCAACGCUCUGUCCCGCUCCAACCCCAACUACAAGAGCUCGACCCGCUCCAGCCGCCCCUCCGCCCCCAACAACCCCUGGGAUUACAAGAACAUCAUCGAGAAGCUGCAGGUUCGACCCUUAAACCUACCCAUUAAUUACCCUGCUGCCUUCUCCCCCUCCUGUGUCCAUCACUUUAUUCAGCCAAAGCCACAACUGAAUUACAAAUGACAUCAUUCCUUGGCCUCUGUCUCUCUCUGGUUUGUUCCCUGUUCUUGAGGGUUUGGUGUUUGACACAGUGGGUAUAUUCCCUGUCCCUUUCUCUUUUGGCUGUGAUGUAAACAUUGUUCCUCUAUCUAUGCUGUGAUGUUCAGGACAUCAUCAACACCCUGGAGGAGCGUCUGAAGCCGCUGGUGAACGCUGAGCUGUCUGUUCUGGUGGACGUCCUGCAGCAGCCUGAACUCCUUUUCCUGGAAGGGACGGACGCACGACAACGCUGCGAAUCAGGAGGCUUCAUCUCCAAGUAAGGGACUGCAUCUGAAAUGGCACCCUAUUCUCGACGUAGUGCACUACUUUUGACCAGAGCCAUAAGGGGGACCCUGGUCAAAAGUAGUGCACUAUAUAGGGAAUAGGGUGCUAUUUUGAACUCAAUGAUGCGUCACUAUGGUGUGGGGGCUGUGUGUGUGUUGGGAUGAUAGUGUUUAUUUACCAACACAGUCACUGGAAUUUACAGAUACAAAUAUUUACUCAUGCAAACUCACUGCAAAGUACAAUAAAGAGCAUUUUUGGCAUGGUUUUUGUGAACCCAGACUGAUUCAGCACACUAAAGCCCUGAUGAGCUCAGAGGAGAAGCUCUGUAUCAAGGUUCUGAGGACCCUGCAGGAGAUGCUCAUACGCACACUGGACUUUGACGAG